CCUUGCGGUCUGUGACCGACAGCUCUAGUGACGGUAAAUGCGGACAUUUUUUUUUGACUUGGAAAGUAGCAGCAAAAAAAGUCAAGUAAUGUUAAGGUAGCUAGAUAGGUGGAAAAGCACAAAGACUUCGGUAGCGAGGAAUAACUGUUUUAUUCUGUGGGAGGAGAGUCACUGAUUAAUCAUCAUGCCUUUGGUGAUGCGGAAUAUCGAGCCGAGGCACUUGUGCCGUCAGACCCUGCCCACGGCGGUGAAGAGUGAGCUGGAGUGUGUGACCAACAUCACACUGGCUAACAUCAUCCGCCAACUCGGUUCCCUCAGCAGGUUUGCAGAGGAUGUGUUUGGCGAGUUAUUUGUCCAGGCCAGCUUGUUUGCAGACAGGGUGAAUACACUUGGUGAAAGAGUGGACAAACUUCAGGUCAAAGUCACCCAGCUGGACCCCAAAGAGGAAGAGGUUUCACUGCAGGCAAUCACCACUCGCAAAGCUUUCCGCUCUAAUCUGUCUCAGGAUCAACAGCUCUUUACUCGGCCUUCACUGCCACAGCCACUGCACGAGACCUACCAAACCUGCAAUGAGCCACCUCCACUCAGCAUCCUCAGCGUCUACAGGGAGGACGGAAAGGAGGCACUUAAAUUCUACACUGACCCAUCCUAUUUCUUUGACCUAUGGAAAGAGCAGAUGCUACAAGAUACCAAAGACAUAAUGAAAGAAAAACGGAAACAUAGGAAAGAGAAGAGAGAAAACCCCAACCGGAGCAACCUGAACCCUCGUAAGAUCAAAACACGUAAAGAGGAAUGGGAACGCCAAAAGAUGGGAGCAGAGUUUGUUGUUCCUAAAUCUGAUCUUGGUCAUUCUAGGGAUGUGAUUAAUGGCAGCAUCGGCUCAGGUGAUGACAUGGGUACGAUAGACUCAGAGGGGCUUGACCAAAGCACUGCGUCCUACAGUUAUGAUCCUGGCUCUCCUCUCCCACCUCCAGUGAUGGAUGAUGAAGGUUUCUUGCCGCCUCCUCCUCCAGAUAUGACGUAUAAUGAUGUACAAGGUGGAACCUCACCACAGAGACCAGUUAGCAUUUUAAGCCCUUCCCAUCCUCCUCCAGCACCCCCAACAAUGGCAACCUCUCCUCCUGGCCGCCCGUCAGUGGCGCCACCUGUUGCCCCACCUCCUCCCCCGCCUAUGGGGAUGUCUCCACCCCCACCUCCCUUAGGAUUUGAUGCUCCUCCCUCUCCUCCUCCUCCUGCAUUUUUUUCUCCCUCUGUUCCUCCACCACCACCCAUGGCUGCCAAUAUUCCAUGUCCACCCCCUCCUCCUGCUGGGGAUGGGCCCCCACCUCCACCUCCACCCCCUCCACCUCCAGGCCCACCACCACCAUCCUUUGCUCCAUCAGCACCUGCCCCUCCUCCUUCAGGUGGGCUUCAAGCAGCCCCUGCCCCCAAGCCUCAGCCUGCUCCUGCCAGCGAUGGUCGCAGCGAUCUCCUGGCAGCCAUUCGCCAAGGCUUUAACCUGCGUAAGGUGGAGGAGCAGAGAGAGCAGGAGAAGAGAGACGUCGUGGGCAAUGAUGUGGCAGCUAUCUUGUCUCGCCGUAUCGCUGUGGAGUGCAGUGAUUCUGAGGAUGAUUCCUCAGAGUUCGAUGAUGACGAGUGGUCUGAAUAAGACUAUGCAUGUCUUGAGAAAAAUCAUUCCUGUUAGACCAAAUGUAUUUGUUUCCCUUUAAUGAGGCUAACCUACGGUAAAUGCAAAAUGGGGCCUGUGUGAGCGCACAACCACACACACGCACACACGCUUGUGUAUGGUCUCUUCUGACUCAGAGUAAAUUAUUUAGAUGAUCAGCCUGCUCCUAUUUCAGCGUGCCUAUUCCUCUGUAAUGUAGCUAUGAAUGAGUAAAUUGAGCUAGAGAGAGACCGAGUUUUCCUUUUUGCAUCUCUGCAUCAUAUCUGUAAAGAUCAUUAUUCACCAUAAAGCUUUGCUUUGUUCAUACAUCAAAGCCAAGUACAA